AUGUCACCUCGCACAGAGCCAGACACAUUCAAAGGCUGGGUCGCCCACGAUGCUAGAAGCCCCCUAACAUACACAACCUACACCCCAAAGCCCUUUACACCCACUGACGUCGAAAUCUCCGUCUCCCACUGCGGCAUCUGUGGCACCGACAUCCACACCCUACGCUCCGGCUGGGGCCCAACCGACUAUCCCUGCGUGGUCGGCCACGAGAUAAUUGGCACAGUAACCCGUCUCGGCAGUGCCAUCUCAUCCCAGUCUACGCCCAACGCAAUCCGCCUCGGCGACCGCGUCGGCGUCGGCGCACAGAGUGACGCCUGUCUACGUGCAGACUGCGAAGCCUGCGCUGACGGCGAAGAAAGCUACUGCCCCCGCAUGACAGGCACCUACAACGGACGAUACAGCGACAAGUCGAAGUCGUAUGGCGGGUUUGCUGAGACGUGGCGCGGGCCUGCACAUUUCGUAUUCCGGAUUCCGGAUUUGCUGCCUUCAGCUGAGGCGGCGCCGUUACUUUGUGCGGGUGUUACUGUUUUUGCACCACUGAGGAAGUAUGGUGUUGGGCCCGGGAAGACGGUUGGGAUUGUGGGGGUUGGGGGGCUGGGGCAUUUGGGCAUUUUGUUUGCUAGGGCGCUUGGUGCUGAGCGUGUGGUUGCUAUUUCGCGUUCGUCUGGGAAGAAGGCAGAUGCUCUUGGUGGGCUUGGAGCUGAUGGGUUUAUUGCUACCGGGGAGGAGAAGGGGUGGGCAAAGAAACACUCCCGCUCGCUUGAUGUUAUCUUGUGUACGGUUUCGGCGCAUGAUAUGCCCUUCGCGCAGUAUUUGAGGCUGCUUAAGAGGGAUGGGACUUUUGUACAGGUUGGUGCGCCCGAGGAUGCGUUGCCUCCGCUUAUGGCUUGGAGUCUUAUUCAGAAGGGUGUCAAGGUUACCGGGUCGAACAUUGGUUCGCCGGAUGAUAUUCGAGCUAUGUUGGCUCUGGCUGCGGAGAAGAGGGUCUUGCCUUGGGUACAGAAGAGAGAUAUGGCGGAUGUUAAUCAGGCGCUAGUUGAUGUGCAUGAGGGAAAGGCGAGAUAUCGGUAUGUGUUGCAAAAUGGGGGUGAUCAGGCGAAGUUGUAG